UUGAAAAUGAAACAUUAACCCACCAUCGAUAAAAGCCCACGAACAAAUCUUGCCGCUCUCACUUUUCAAAUAGAACAAUUUUGUUCAUAAAUAGAAAAAGGGAAAAACCCCACGAAAGGAACUAGCAGAAAAUGGAUUCUAUAGUUUUAGCAGUGCAGAAACUAAAAGGGUUCGCUGAAGUCUUGGUUACAGGCCGUGAAUCUUCAUCUCGCCGCAAUCCUAUUGAAAUCUUGAAGCGGCUACAACGAGAAUCAUUUUCAGACUUGAUGAAACUCCGAGACAGACAAGACAAAGUGGAACGUUUAUUUUCAUUUUACAAAUCAUCCAAGGGGAACCCAUUCCAAGAAUCAAGUACCGUUUUGAGAGGGGAAGUUGAUUUUAUCGGAGCCGUAUUGCUUAUGUCCAGGGUUGAUGAGGAACACUGGGGUGGGAUUGGUCGGGCAGGAAUUAAAACUGGGGUUGAUACCAGGUUUAGAUUUGAAACAGCUGUUGGGGAUAAAGAUUCUGUUGGGAUUGAAUUCGUGGCUAAUCAGAAAAGGGUUGCGAGUAAUGAUGGUGAUGUACUUGAAACUCCACUUUCCCUAUCUAAGUUGUUUUAUAAAGCAAAUGCUGCUAAUGAGUUUUCCGCCUUUGCAAUUCCAAUUGGAGCUCAGGUUAAAGAUCUAGAUGUCGCCUCGGACUAUUCCCUUCAGGAGGAAAAGGGCCUCACUGAUUUAUCAUUGGGGCCACCCAUGUUGCAUCAACAAACUGGAGGUGCAAUUGGGGUGACUGUGAGAAUGUCCAAUGUCAUCGCUUCCUUAGCUCAAUCAAUAUCUGGAUUUAGAAAUGGACAUUGCUUGAGUACUUUUGGACAAGUUGUUUGUCUACUUCCAUUAGGAUUGAAACUUUCACUUUUAGGCCUUCACCGAGGGCCUAAAUUAGCAGGUCAUAACGUCCAUCUUGGAGCCUUUGCUAUUCCAGUUGGAUUUUCUAGGCCUUUUGGAGAUGCUGGUUCAAGGGUUGAGGCAUCUGCUCCACCUUUGACACCAAACAUUCCAGAAUUUGGAUCUAUUGCCCUGAAGCUGGAUUCAGAAUUUGAUGAAUACAAAAGACUUUCUGGUUGGAUUGAGAUGAAACAAGCAAAUCCAGAACAUUUAGAAUGGGCUGUUAAUUUCUCUGAUUCUUCUGAAGAUGGGUAUGGUUGGGGUACAAGUCUAGGUGGAAUUCUUGAAGGUCCAGGAAAAUGGGGCCACUUUCAGGUUGAAUCCUACGUAAAAUUUAACCCAAGUAAAAGAUUUAGCUUGAAACCAGGAGUUGCAUAUGUAGUUAGUGGAAGUACCCAAACCCUGGCCCUUGUGCUUCGGUCUAACUGGUCCAUAUGAUUGUAUGUUUAGGAGGUUCUAGUUUUUCUGGAAGGCCAUAUGUUUUGGAGAAGUUCAAUUUUCUCUUCAGGUAUAUAUAGCUUGCCAUAUCUACCAUGUUUUAGAUAAAUUGAUUGAUAAGUAUAGUUUUGCCAACUUGUUGGAGCCAUUUCCUUGUCAUUUUAGAUAAGAACAUGCUUUUCUGGAUAAUACUCCAUCUUGAUGUCAAGAUGUCUAAACAAUCUAACAUGAAUUUACAGUUUGAUUUGUUAUGCUAAUGAGACAUUUGAGAAGGUUGCAGCCUUGAGCAUUUAAGCACAAUGAUCUUGCACCUAGUGAAUAAUGAAAAAAAGUUCAAUUCCGUAGGAGCAAACUUGUUACCCCUUUGAUUUGAAAAUUUUUGCCUGCUCCAAGGACUUUCUUGUUGGUUCAUACUUGAUUGAGUUCUUGCAACUUCACUAGGAUCAGUCAUAAAGCUAAUUGUUAAAUUUCCUUUGUUGAUUACUAUUUAGUAGAACAAAAAGAGAUUGACAAUAUGCAUGAGAACAAUCAGAGAAAAUUACCAUAUGUGAUCUCAUAUACUUUACCAGGAAAUAUAGGUUUGAUUGAAAAUUACAAAGCUUUAUCAUGGAGCUUAUAUUCCAGGUACUGAGUUUUCACUCCUAGCUUGUUGCUUGAGGAAUUUUAGUCAGGUAUUAAUCACAGAUAUUAUGAAAUGUUACACAUCAUAUAUAUGAUCUUGUUUGUGGUUGAAACUUUAAUAGCAAUAGAAAUUACUGAUAAGAUAGGAUAUUGUAAUUGCACCAGCCGAGCUGGUGCUUUUGUGUUAUUCUGGAGGCACUAGGCCAUGUUGCUUGACCAUGUCCUAACCAUUUUGGCAACCUGAACAAUCGAGUGGAUCUUCGAUAGCUGCUUCAACUGGUAUUAUACUUUGGGUGGAAUUGCAAUAAAAAUUUUAUUGCUGCUGUAGUAGUUUGUAUUGAUGAUCUUUUUCCAGUUUCAUGUUGUCCCUGAACUCUUCCCAAGUCAUAGUAGCGGCAGGGAGGAUCAAUCACCUAACCUUGUCACCAACAAGGUGGCAAACAUAAGAUUCUGAUGGAUAGGACGACCCAAAAUGUUAAAAAGAACUGAAUGCAGCAACGGAGAAUCCAAGGCAUAGACAGUCAUUGAUGAUAUUCUAAUGAAAUGUCAUCUAUGACCUGGUAGUCCAAUACCUUUUUGUUUGUCUGGUUUCAUUGUUCUGUGCAUAACAAUUGUGGCUUCAGGCCUUGCAAAAUUUGAGAUUUCAGGCCUAUCUAAAUCAUGUGUGGUUGAUUUUAAUACUACCUGUUGAUAUAAUUGAGUGUAAUGGUUGAAUGCUUAGAAUCAAGAAACUUUUACCUAGUCAAAGUUGAUUCAAGGUUGUUUUGUUUUGUUUUAAAUUUGGGUAUCUUUUAUUAGAUUAUUUCAGGUGUCAUUUUCAAUUUUCAAUAUUCAAUAUUCUCCAAAUCAGGUUUGGAUUUGAAAUCAAAUAUUUUGCGUAAUUAUUAGUUGACACAUUCAAAAUAAUGAGAUAUGCAACCUUAAUAUUUCGAGCGGGCAGUUCGUGAACAAAGUCAACCACACCAAAAGGAUAUUUCAGUACACUUCUGAAGCUUCUUAUUACGUUGCUUGGACGAUUUGAUAGCGCCAUCAAAGGACUAAAACCCUAUAAAUAUUUUCCUCCGAGCCUUCAUAUAUCACUUUCCGAUCAACUGCCUUAUCAACCGACUUUCAUCAUCACCUUCAAUUUUUAUCCAAUGGCUCCGAUUGCUGUCAGCGACUCACUCCCGGACGGUACUCUCUCCUACUUCGACGCAGAGGACAUGCUCCAGCAGGUCUCCAUACACUCCCUCGCUGCCGGUAAACAGGUUAUCCUUUUUGGCGUUCCCGGUGCCUUUACCCCUACUUGCAGGUUAGUAAUUCUCUAUUUUGUAUUUGCAGAGAUCCGCCUGAAUGUUUAAAAUCUAUUUUGUUGCUGGAAGCAUCAGGCUCCAUCUUGUAGCGUGACUUAUUUUGAUUUCAUCUAAUGCAUGCACCUUUUUCUGAGCAAAAGAAGAAUCUUCUUAUCGUGUUUUAACAGUCUUUAUCCGAUCAACGGAGCCGAUUUUUAAAAUUUUUCUUCUAGCGGAUACUUUUAUGGAGAGUUUUGAGUUGGUGUAAAUGCAGCUUGAAACAUGUGCCUGGAUUCAUCGAGAAAGCUGCAGAGUUUAAAUCCAAGGGUAUUAAUGAGAUUAUCUGCAUCAGCGGUAAUUUUUUGUUCCUUAAUAUUGUUUUCUAAUUUUAUACGGUUUUGUUUUGAUUGAAUAUUUAAUUAGCAUCAAAUCAUUCUUUUUAACCUUCUAUAAAUAA